CCGCUGCUGCUGCUGCUGCUGCUGUUUCCCGCGCGCCGCGCUGAGGCGAGCUGGGCGCGGCCAGCCAUGCAAGCGCGGCGCCUGGCCAAGCGCUCCAGCCUGGGGAGCCGGCGCCUCAGCGCCUCGCCGUCGGCCGCGCAGCCUUUGCCCAAGCUCGACAACUCGUGGAGGCCGCCCCGGCGGGAGGGCUCGGCGGCCGCCCUCGAGGAGGAGGACGAAGAGGAAGACGUGGUGGUCGACGUGGAGGAGGACGACGACGCCGACGAGGCGGAGGCGGGUGGCGGCGGAGGAGCGGCAGGCAGCGGCAGCCCCGCCGGCCGGUUGGAGCACGCCGGGCCGGGCAAGGGCCACGCGGCCGCCCGGGGGAGCUUCAAGGCAACCAGCAUAAAGCGUGAAAUGACCUUCGCAGCAUUUCAGCAGGAGGAGCUAAAAAGUGAUCUGAAUCAAAAACUGUCAGACCAACAUUUUUUUCUGUUGGCGAUGAAGGAAGAGGAUUCGAAAACAGCAGACACCAAAAAACCUAGCAGAGUCCAUGAGCACGAGAAAGAAAGCACCCGCUCCAUCUGCCUUCUCGAGCAGAAGCGCAAAGUUGUAUCUUCAAAUAUUGAUGUGCCUCCUGCAAGAAAAUCUUUGGAAGAACUGGAUAUGGAUAAAGUCACAGCAGCUAUGGUCCUAACCAGUUUAUCCACCAGCCCUUUGGUCCGCAGCCCUCCUGUCCGACCCAACGAGUCCUUAAAUGGAUCUUGGAAGGAAGGAGGAUUCGUGCCUUCGAGUACCAGCAGCAGCGGGUAUUGGAGCUGGAGUGCUCCAAGCGACCAGUCAAACCCAUCCACCCCCUCGCCCCCUCUUUCUGCCGACAGCUUCAAACCAUUUCGACUGCCCUCCCAGACAGAUGACGGCAUUGACGAAGCUGAAACUAGUAGUCUCCUCUUUGAUGAGCCCAUUCCUAGAAAAAGGAAGAAUUCCAUGAAGGUGAUGUUUAAAUGCCUUUGGAAAAACUGUGGAAAAGUACUGAGCACAGCCGUCGGUAUUCAGAAACACAUCCGGACCAUUCACCUUGGGCGUGCGGGAGAGUCGGACUACAGUGAUGGAGAGGAAGAUUUUUACUACACAGAGAUACGCCUCAACACUGAUUCCGUAGCUGAUGGGUUAAGUAGCUUGUCUCCCGUCUCCCCGUCUCUAGCAUCUCCUCCUCCUUUUCCAUCACAAGAUGUGAGCAAAAGUGACCUGUCAUGUGCCAAAACAGAUGUGAAAGGGAUGACACCUCUAAGCCGCUCGGCUCCUACCAAUCUCUACCUCGUUCACUCUGACCAUGCUUACCAGGCCACAGCUCCUGUGAACAUUCCAGGAACAACAAAGUUCACUCCCAAUGGAAAUAGCUUUAGCAUCUCCUGGCAAUCGCCCCCAGUUACCUUCACUGGCAUUCCAAUUUCACCAACUCACACACGUCCUGCAGGGAGUGGAGAGCAGAAGCAGCAGAUUCAGACCGUUCUGUCAUCCCCUCCUAGACUGUCAGUUGGCCUAAGAAAACCGAGAGGAGAGGGGAAGAAAUGUCGCAAAGUGUAUGGGAUGGAGAACAGAGAUAUGUGGUGCACAGCUUGUCGUUGGAAGAAGGCCUGCCAGAGGUUCAUUGACUAAAGCGUGGAAAAAAACAAUGGAGUGGUAUGGAGUGAUUUAUGGCAGGAUUUUCUCGCUACAGCCAGGCUGUGUGAUUUUCUUCUUUUUCUUUCCACUUCCUUCAGUGCUGGUUUCUACUUUGCACUCUAAGGUGAAGUAGUUAUACCCCAAGAGAAGGACUUCUUCGAAGCCAACAUGCAGCAAUAUAGUGGGAAACAAACAAAAACAAAACCUUCAAAAAGUUUUGAAGCAGGAGCAGCUAUAUGUCUUUUUUUUUCUUUAAAAGAAAAAAAAGAAAAGAACUCUCUUUAAUAACCUUGAACAAUUUGCCUGCCGGGACCAUGUGUUUUUUCACACUGCAUUAUUGUCUGUGUUGUGAACUUUGGGGUGGGGGUGGGGCGGGAAUCAAGUGAUACUUCUUUUCCUAAAAUGUUUAUGCACCACACAAAUGCAUAACAUAAGCUACAGUUUUCUCAAGAGCAGCUCUCCCGGGAGUGGUGAAUAAUUAUAAUGUGAGCAAGUCUUGAUUCAGAGGUGGGAAGUGUCCUUUAGAGGUACUAGGAUGCGGCUUUGCUGGAAAGACAAGCAUCCUUGUGAAGAAUCUUUUGUGAGAGGUCUCAGACCUGAAGCCCAAGCACGAGUCUUGUUUCUGUGCUAAAGGAGGAUACCUGGAGAGGGCAGGGGAAUCACCAGCACACCCAAACUAAAAAGUACAACCACAUGUGGGAAGGGAGUCAAUAACAUUAAAUGACCUUCGGUUGAAAUAAGAAUAAGAACUUGGGUUCCAAUAUGAUCUUCCUAGAAGUGAUUGCAGGAAAAUUCUUUGUCCUGUUAAGGAGAAGCAUGGGCAGCCAUGUGGACUUUUGUCAGCAUUUAUUCAGGGAUGCGAUGAUCCAAGCCAGCAGCUUCCUUCCCUGCCUUUUUAUAUGACAUUCUGAAAUGAACAGAUCAGUUAAAAAUACAAGGCAUUAUUUCUGGGGGAAAUAUACAUGGAGGAUAACAGCUUAACAACAACAAACAACAACAACUUAAAUGCUUUCCAAUAAGUAAAAUAUGAGUGUAGCAUAGCAGUUAUAUGUGUAUAUAAAAAAAUCCUUAGAGGGUAAAGUUGUUUCAAGGUCAGAAAUAAAAUGUUUUCAAGCUGCCUUGCACUUUGAUAGGUCUUGGUGCUUUAGUGUAAUUUAGUAUUGGGGUGGGGUCCAUUAGAAGGCACAGAUUAUAUUAGUGGGUUGGUGGCUGAGCUAACUUUUGAAAAUCAGAGGGAAAAAUGCAUACAGGUAGAUAGAAAUUGUUUGUCUGAGCAGGCCCUACUAAAACAAAUGAGAUUGGUGCAAUAGCACAAUGGGGUGCUUGUUCUUAAAACAUCCUGGUGGAUUUUGUCCUGUGAUAUUAACUCAGGUGGAAAAAGAAUGGUAUCCCAAGUUGGGAAAACAAGAGCAAGAAUGGGAGCCUAUGUGGAUGUCAGUCCAACUAUUGCAUGACUACAAGUCAUAGGCAAAUUUUAUUUUUUGUAAGACCACAGAUACUGGUGUCUACCGAUGGCUAUGGGGGGCAGCACAACAUUUAAUUGGAGCACAGAAUCUAUAGCUAGGGUUGGUCCUCAUGCAAACUUAAAAAAAAAUAGCUUUAAUAAUAGGCCUCUUCCUUUGUAGGGUUCUGUACAGGUAAGCCUAAGAUUCCCAAACAAGCGUAUUUGGGAAACGACUGGGUUGCAUCAAUAGGGUUCUCCCGUGUAAGCAGUCCCAAAAGAAAUUCAAGCAGUUUUCUCUAACACCUCCAAAGAAGACAAUCCUACAGAGCUUGAGCUGAUUGCAGUCAGUCUUAACAGCUGCGGGAUAAGGAUCAUGCCCUCCUGGAGAUGUGGCAGUGAAAUAACAGAAGGCAUGAGUUUGAUACAAAAUUACAUUUUUUUAAAAAAAACAACAAAUAGUGUUGUUACUCUACAUGGCAACUGUUUAGAUCUAGCCUGACCAUUAAAGAAAAAGUAAUAUUUGAGAGGCAGGGGAAUGAAGCCUUGUUUUUAGUUGCAUCUUCAAAUGUCAGCUGUGUUUGGCAAGACUACCCGCAAUGCAUAGUGUUUAUGUGAUCAGGAAGCUAACUGCUAAUUCCAGAGCUGUAUACCUAAUGUAACAGUCCCUCCAUGUGUUCAUGCUUUAAUUUGUAAUGUGUUAGGUUGCAGUCAUUCUUUUGUGUUGCCGUAUAUCUCUGAGUGUUCACAAUGAUCUGUUUGAGGUUCACUCAAUAGGGAUCACCCAUAACUUCUGUUUGGACCUGUUGCUUGGAGAUGAGUACAAACAUUAACCUACUUCCUUAAUGUUCAGGGGGAGAAAAGGUAAGGCACAGUUUCAUUCCUAAUGUUGCAUAGGCAAUGUUUGUAGAAAGCAUGCUUGCUAAAAGACCCAGGUCCAAUUCCUGGUAUUUCCAUUAAAAAAACCUUAAACAGGACUAUGAAAGACCUCUGCAUGAGGCCUUAGAGAGCCACUACCAUUUGGAAAUAGAUGUUAUUGGCAUCGAUAGACCAAGAGUUUGACUUUGCAAUCACACGUUUUAAGAAGAAUGAAGUACUGCAGAAAUAUUUUGCACUCGAGCAAAUUCUUUAUCAUUUAAAUGUUCCAGUUGAAGUUCACAUGGUCCUGUUCUAGUUCUGUGGCGUUUUCACAGGACAAUAUUGCCAUACAAGUUGCAGAAUGAUAACUCAAAUUCAAAUAAACCAUUAAUAUGACUCAAGGUCACAAAACCAGAAAGUGUAAGGGCAGAGGAUGGUAAAUAUUUAGGCUGUUGACAGGCGGGGCGGGGGCAGGUGUUGGAAAUACAUAAUAAACUAGAAACCCAUGGCUGGUAUUUCGUUGCAUGUAUUUAUGGAUAUGAUUGGAAAUUCUGUUUUAGGAUGGUUGCAUAUGAUAGGGACUGUACCAAAUUAUUAUUGGUGCUCUCAAAUGUUCAGAGCUGAAGUCAGCCCUUGACAUAUCUAAAUAUUCACAAGAGUUCAAAACCAAUGUUUGACCCUUGAUCGUUUUAGCAUUUUUGUCAGGCAUUUUCAACUUAACUCUGCAUUCAUGAGGGCUAGAAACACUGAAACAUGAUCUUCCCAGGAUAGUGCCUGCUGAAUAUUGCCCACAACACUCUGUCUUAAUGCAAUAGCGUUCAUAAAAAAAUAAUCGGCAUUGUCAACUCAUUUCUCUCAUCUCCAUUUCUCUGCUCUGCAAAGCUUUCUUAUACUGUGUAUGGUUCAAGUCUUGAACAGUGGGAGUGUUCCAUGUGGCAACACUGAGAUAGGCUUUGUGUGAACUACUGUUUGCCAUAGCUAAGUUUAAGGCCAAGCUGCCCUAAGAUAGGAUUUGGUUGUUUACUCAAUGACUGAACCACCUUAUAAGUGAUUCUACUAGACCUCUGAUAGGAAGAGAAGGGCAUAAUUUUACAAUAGAAGUGCUUGAGCUUGCCUUGUUGUACAUAGUAACUGCUUGUUCUAAAAUUGCUUACAGAAUAACAUUUUUUUUUACUGUUGUAGAAUUUCAAUAGGGUUUUGAAACCCAGGAAAACCACAGAAAGUGGGUCAUUAGCUAGAAUUGUAAUUACGCCAGCUUGUCAGGUGAGAAAAAGGCUAUACUGAACCACAGGUGGCUGCAGUGAACUAUUUAAAUGCUGUUUUUUUUAUUAAAAAAAACUUGCUAAAGUCCAUUCAUUUCAGUGGGUCUACUCUGAGUGAAGUUUAUUUGGAUACAGCCCAGUUUUGAAUGUUUGACCGUGUCAGCCAUCAGAGGCCUAGAGCCUCUUGAAUGAACCUGUUGAUAACUGUCUUGUGGUUAGUGUUAUAUAUGAAAAUUACACCACCACAAAAAAACCCAAACAUGCAGGGGACUUGUAGCUCAGUGAAAGUUUUUAUUUUACUCCCCCUUUGAAAAACUGCCUCUUGCAUUUCAAAAGAAGUUGAGCAUGCAGUGGAAGAAAACAAAUCUGAGGCUUCUUGGACUCACACAAUUGUUUCUGGUUCUUUGGUUCUUUGUCACUUAUUCUAGUUGAAACGUGGAAUAUGCUGUUGUCGACCUGAUCCCUAUUCUAAAGAUCCACCCCAUCCUAAACUGUGAAUCUUACCAUAGGCUUGCCCCCUAAUUGUUAUCUCCCCACCCCUAUUGACUCUUAAAAUUAUGUAAAUAAAUUAUUUCCCUCAGGGAAGGAAAACAAAAAGAAUAGCAAUAUAGUUUUGUUUCAGAUAGAAUUGGUUGAGCACAGAGAGAGAUGUAAAGUAUAAAAAGUUUUGUUUUCUAGCCAGAUUUAUUCAAUAAAAUUUGAAAAAUUAGUCCCUUGAAAUUGUUUAUAGAAACAAGCAUUUAUCUUAAUCUUGUGUAUAUUCAGUAAGGCGGGUUUUGAAAGGUGACAUUUGUUUAUAUUAGGAAUUGAAUUCCAGUGGACCCUAAUUCAAUUGGCAGUUGACCGUUCUUUCUGCAAUCACACUGCUCAAGUACCUGCAAGAGAAUGACUGCUCAUUAAAAAAAAAAAAUGUUUAUUAUGGGCAAAUAGUGUGUCUUUCAAAGACAAAAAGGUAUUCAGACAUUGUCAAGCCAUUCAGUCCUAUGCCCUGUAUUAGAGUGGAUCAACAUGGGACGUCCACUUGCCCCCCAGUGAUCCUAUCCCAAAGGAGAAAUUAAAUUCUUUCCCAGGCAAUACCGGUCUUACCUGUACCCAAGGUGUUGCAGAAUCCACUUUCAGGCAUCUUUUCAACCCCAAAAUGGGCAGCAGAUUCAAGGGGAUGCCAAGUGCAUGAAAACUCAGUCUUGUGCUGGGGGGGAACAGGCAAGGAAGAGGCUGUAAGACAGCUUGAGGUUUGUUUCCCUUCAGAUCUGUGUUCAGAUGGGAACUUCUUACCAGAGCUUUAAAAAAAUUGUUAUUUAUUUUUUCUUUAUAGAUUUGUUUUAAUGAAGCUCCCUCUGUGUUUACUUCAUCUCAGCAAAAUAGAAUUUUAAAUAAAAAUCAGACCUAUUCAUAUUCCUGCAUAUGAAAAUAUGGCAUAAUUGGCCUUUUUGUGGCUACACAUACAAGAAACCCAACACUCCCCUUUCCUUUUUAUUUUAUUUUUAAAAAGGCAGUAGUUUUGUAUGUGAAUGAGGGGCCACCAAUCCUUUAUCUGAGCAUAAUGUAAUACUGUUUUUGUAUAGUCCCAUUCUGUCAAACGCCUGGCCCUCAAGUCCAGUAUAUCGUGCAUGAUUCCUUUUCGUGAUCAGAGCUCUCAUAGGGAUGCUGAUCUUGCGAGAACUUUAACUUUUGCAAAUGUUUUGUGGAAAAUGAAUACUAAAGUCUGCCCAAAGAAACAGAGAGGUGUUGUUCUGUGUAUUAAGAACAUAAAAAGAGCCUGCAGGAUCAGGCCUAUGACCCAUCUAAUUCAGAGUCUUUAAAAAAAAUAAAUUCGCCAACCAGAUGCCAAUGAGAAACUGAUUAUAAUCAGUUUGCAAGCGUGUUCCUUGGAAAUUUGGGGUGCCCCAGUGUGAAUAUAGUAAUGCUAGGCAUUGCAGGUGUUCUAGAAUCUAUUGCACCAGACAAAGAGUAGGAGUUGAUUGGCAGACAAAAUAGAGUCAGGUGGAUUGUCUGAGAAAGAGAGGUUUUUGAGCAUCGUUGUUCUAUGUGAUUUUCUGUCUUAGGAAUCCCUGGUUCAGCAAAACACUUACGCUCAUAUUUAAUUUAACUUGCUUAUGUUUUUUUGAAUUAGGACUACUUAACAAUGAAGCUGAGUCCCUUAUACUAUUUGGGUGCUAGAAUGUGACUUAUUAUAUUUCUAAUAUUGUAUUUAUACAUUUACAUUGCACGACAAUCUGGAUUUUUUGAGGUGCCAUGCCAUUUGUUGUAUAGAUCCAGAAAGCUUUUUUUUCUCCCACAAUUUAUAUAUAAAAGGGAGAAGUAAUUAAAGAUAUGCCAAGAAAUAGCAAGCUUAAUUGGCUCUUUACAAAAUGUUGUAAAAUUAACCUGUCUCGUGGUGGUCUUAGUGUCUGAGAUAUGCAGUAGUUAUAGCAAAAAAUAAAAAAGGAAAGCAACAACAGCCUUACUGAAUGGUGCAAUAUUGCUUUUCUAUUAAACAAAGGGCUAUCUUGUUGAAGAAAAGUAUAAGCCACUGUGAAGAAUAAUUUUGCAGCAUCUUACUAGCAAGUCUGUAUAGCCAGAACUUUUAGCCAAUCUAAUAGGUUUCCAAAAUGUGUUGAGGGUACAUAAAUUUGAAUAGGAAUGUAAUUUGAAAAUCCGUUUCAGAGAGGGAUUUUUCUUCUCAUUGUCAGUUUGAAUCCUAUUCUCAGGGCCAUAUGUCCCACAGGAAAGGAAGGUGAACUAGUAUUCUAGUCCUGAAAGCCUUGUCUUGUAUGUCAUAAACUGGUUUCUGCCUAGUUCUGGCAUUUAGAUAACAUGAAGGUAGCUUAAAAUUUGCUGGUUUUAAAUCUGCUGGUUUCAAAACAUGCUUUGGAUUGACCCACAGUCCUAGAUAAUGAUUAUUUGUUUUUAACCACAAGACUGAAGGCUUUUCAAACAUCAUAAGGAAUGAUCUCCCCCCGCCCCUUACAUUCUUGAAAAGAAAAAGAAAAAUUGCUAUCUAAAACCCCUAAAGUUAGCCAAAGAUUAAAGAUCCAGGGAGCAGGUUAUCUUGUCGUUUGCUUUUUCUUUUCUUUUUUAACCAUUGAUGUUCUAUUUUUAUGGAUCUGAAGGAAGGUCAGUGUGCAGACAAAAAUUCAAGCUAUAUCACAAAGCCCUGAUUAGGGAUACAGUAGCCAUGCAGUUCAGGUUAUCAGUAUCAAAUACCUUAAAAUGCACUCAAAUUGUACAAAGGUGGCAGUACUUUGCAUCAGGUGAACAGAUUUCUUGUGGGGGUGGAUAACAGAGGCUAAUGUACAUUAAAAAUCCACUACAUUUAGCAAAGCAUUAGUAUUAUCACAGUCUCCAUUCAUUUCAUUGGGGCUUGUGCAGGGGUCCUACACAAUCCAACAUUGAAAUUAAUAUAGCAGUGUUAGAUGGCAGAAUGUUCCUUCCUUCCGCUACGUCUUCUCAUGUCAAAAUAAUUGAACUUUUUAAUCUUCUGCUGAAUGAUCCUUGUGGUAUUUGUUGAUUUGUGUUUAUGUGAUAUAAAAUGAGAACCUGGAAGAAAUGCAUUGAAUUAUUUCUCUCUUAGCUUCUGCGGGUUGUAUAUAUGAGAUCUAGUAGACACUUUGACAGAAGCCUCUUUGAUCCAGUAAAGGUUUUCCUCAGCAUGUCCAAAAGGAAGGAUAUUUUCACAAUUCCUUCUCCCCCCUGCACCAUACCCCCCAAAUCUGCUCCUGGGGGUUGUGAGACACACACCCCCGAACGUCCUGGGAGGUGGAACCUGGGAGCUGCUGGAUGUAAUUGGCAAAAACCGCCUCCCUCUCUUGUUCCAUUAAUAGAAGCCAGUGCUGGAUCCAAGGGUUUCUUCUGUCAAUGAAAAAUCACCACUGAAUACAACACUAAAUCUUUCAUGCCAAUCACUACGGGUGGUGGUCAACUCAAUAACUGCACAAGCAGAACAACUUGCACAAGAUGACUUUCCCCCUUUCUUCCCCACAGGCCCCCUAAAUCUGUUUGGGGAGUUCCCCCAACCCACUGGAGCAGAUUUGGGAAUGGCACGAAGGUCACACAGGGGGACAGAGAUGGGUUUAGGGGAGAGCAACUGGGUCGGUCACAUUGGAGGCAGAGUUGGAGGCAGGGCCACAACUAUGAUGUAGAAUGGAAGGUGAGAGGUGGGGGCACCAAAUAUUGGUGUUGCACAGGGACCCACUGAAAUUUGAGACCCCAAGGUCCACUAUUGAGGGUGAAGAGGAGAGGUCAUUCCAUUUGCACAGCUAUUUAGCUGAAUACCACCCUAUCUUCCAAGUACUUAGUCAAGCUUGUGGCUUAAUUACACAGGUAGAGUAAAUUAAUGAACAUGAUCUGUUGUAAUUGUCAAGCUCAGAUUAAAUAUUUGGAUUAAUAUAAUAAAAGCUUCCUCAGGUUGCAAUAAUGGCACCAGUCCAUCUUGACAAAGAGUAGCACGGCUAAUUAUAAUUUACAGUGGAUUCCCCACCCCCUCCAUCAAAAAAAAAAGGAACUUUGUUUUGCUCCAGAAAGGAGGUCAUUUUCUUUUAAAAAGUGGAGAGUAGGGGAGAAACCAUUUUGUUCUUAGAAAAUAAUAUGUAUCUGAAGUCUGGGAUCCUAAGUUCAUAUUUGGAAAUAAGAUUCAAAUGAAAUAGUAGAGCUGAUUUUCAGACAAAAUUGGUAAGGGCUGUAGCUCCUGUCAUUUGCUGGGAAUAAGUAUUUAAAUAUAUGCUUUAAUGUCAACAAGACAAACUAUAGACUGUUAGAAAGUUGAGGCUAAGAACCUGAACUGCAAGAUUUCUGUUUUCUUACAGGUAAUUGAGAUUCUCUUUAAAUGUUUAGCUGUAGAUGUUUUAAUCAGAUUCUGAUGUUGUGGAAAUAUCUUGGUUCUGACUAAGGUGGCAUAGGCCCGGUUUGAAUGCAACAUCGCCUGUUUUACAAACCAUAGUUUGUGAAGACAGGAACAAGGGUCAGGCCUGUAUACUCUUCCCUGUCCCCUCCUCUUGAGCAUUGGCUUCAGUGUGGAGAUCUUGGUUUGCUUUUAAAUCAGAGUUCCUUGUGGUGUCCAAAACAGGAAACUGCUUUAAUAUUAGUUUACUAACAGAGGUAUUAAAUCAGAAGACAACCCUGGGCAACCUGUCUGAAUCUGACCUACUUUUUGCUUUUAUGACAGACAUGGCAAAGUUGCAAGCUGUACAUAUGUUCAACCUCUCUCAAGGCCAGCUCAGUGUGUAAACCUCACUAAACAAAUCAACUUGUGAGAAGGUUAGCCUAUGAGGGGGAAGUUUGCCUGGCUCUCUACAAGCUUGGAAACCUAGGCUGUAGUCUACAGAACUACUUUUCUGAAGUUCUCUUGCAGAUUUUUGCUGAACUUUUCUAAGAUUUUCUGGAGUAAAGGAUAUCUAGCAGAGUUUUAUAGCUGCAAUGUCUAUGCUAAUUCACCUUUUAUCUCCUGUUUCUGUCUCAUGUCCAUCUCUGAGCUACGUUGCAGCUUACAGAAGCUUUGACUAAUUUGUGAAUUAUGAUCCUAGCCUUCACAUGUGAGAAGUUAUGUUUUAAUAUGCAUGUUCGUCAGGUUCAGAGCUUUCUAGAAGAGAAGUGUAAGAGAUUUCCAUUCCCUUUUUCUCCCUGUCAAGAUUGUAUUGCUGCUGAAAAUGUAUAAUUUUAGUGAAUGUUGGAGAGGCACAUGGUACAAUAAUAAGCUUUCUUUUUUCGGGGGAAAAGCUAAGUUCCAAAGUGUACAUGGAAUACAUGUUAUCAAGCACACUUGGUAAGCGCAAAAGCACUAGUUUAUAUUUAAGAAAUUGACAGUACAAUCCUAACCAUGUCUACUCAGAAGUAAAACUUACUGAAUUCCAUGGGGCCUAUUCCCAGGUUAGGAUUGCAGCCUAAUAUGUCAAUCUUAAAUAUUUAAUUCAUGUGUUGAGUUUGGUUUUCUAGGGAUUACUUGCAGAGUUCUAUAAAACUGCAGCAUAUUUAUACUAAAAAAACAACAACAACCUGUUAACAAAAGGCUCAUUGGGAAUCCCCUAAUUAGUUUGGGGAAUAUCACUUUAAAUUGAACUAGUGGAUUCUGAUAACAAAAAAAGGUUUCAAGAAGGAAAUGUAGUUAAUAUUAUUCAGUUACUGCAGGGGUGGGGGAACCUUUUCCAGACCUAGGACCCCGUCCCCUUCUGAGAAAGUUCCCAGGGGAGAAUGGGAUCUGAGGCAAAAAGCAGGCAGAGCAACAAAUGUGAAUUUUACCUUUGUACAAUAGGCUAGUUUCUACACAGACACUCCUCAUCCUAUAGUCUCAAUCCAGACAAACUAUAGGCACUAUCAGAGUUCAAGGAUGCAUUUCAAGGCAGGCAGAAACACUCAGAGGUAGGGCCAGCGAGGGGGUGUAGCCUUUGGAAAGUCCUGAGGGCCACAUUUGGCUCCCACACCUGAGGUUCCCUGACCCGGAAUUACUGCUUCCACAGUUAACGUUUGCAGGAAAACUGUGUUUUGAUUUAUGUCUGCUCCCAAAAGAAUCUAUGGAUUUUAAUGAAUGUAUCUGUAACUGUAAAACUAUGCAUUUUUCAUAAGAACAUGUGUUACGUUAUACCUGUUCAGAAAUCUUCCUAAAAGUCUACUAAAAUGGUUAAAUGCCGCCCAUGGUGAAUUGCUCAAAUUUCCAUUCUUGGCACACUUAAAGUUCUGCUUUAGAGGGACGAAAAGGAAUGGCGUCGCGGAGGAAAUGUGUAUUUCUCUCCCUCUAGGUCAGGCUUCCUCAACCUCGGCCCUUCAGAUGCUUUGAGACUACAAUUCCCAUCAUCCCUGACCACUGGUCCUGCUAGCUAGGGAUCAUGGGAGUUGUAGGCCAAAAACAUCUGGAGGGCCGAGGCUGAGGAAGCCUGCUCUAGGUAAUGCAGUUUUAAGACAAAGGGAAAGCAAGUGAACUGCUUUCAUGUCCCAUUUAUUUUUAGGCAGGAGACAUGGGUGUUUGUCAGUGGGCCUUAACUGUGAGCCGGUUAAGUGGUGCUUGCAGUGGGCUGUCCAUUCUACAGCCUGCUCCAUCAGUGACUGCGUACAUUCAGCCCUGUGAGUGGUUACUUGAAACUGGUUGCCAUAGAGAGUCGGGCCAGUCUUCCCCACACUGAUGCCUUCAAUAUAUUUUAGACUAUGACCACCUCCGUCAACUCCAGCUAGUGUUGCUGUGCUGGGUAGGAUUGAUUGGGGAGUAAUAGUUCAAAAUAUCUGGAUGGGCAUGAAGUAGAGGAAGUCUGGGUUAGAUGGUUUUGAUCUUUUCAAAUACCACUAGCCAAUUUAAGAAGUAACUUUUGAAAACCUAGUCAAGAUUCUGAAUAUGCCGUUGAAACGGAGCAGAGUUGCAGAGUAAAAAUGGUGUUGUUAAAUUUUACUUUUUACUGUAGUGCUAUUGAAUUAAAAUCCUGCCAUGUUUUAUUGUAAACACAGUGCCAAAUAUUUCCUUUUGCCUGAUUAACAAUACAAUUUUAGGAAAACUAGCAUCCGUCCAAAACAGGAUGAAAGUCUCUUGCUAGUCUCCUAGGACUCCAGUUAUACAAUACGAUGUUCUUACAACUGGGGAUCUAUGCAGAUUUGGAGGAAUCUGCCUGCAAACAUCAUACUGAAGGGCUGAGCCUUGGGCAAUGCACAGAUAGAGCUACAAUUGCUACAUUACUAGAGGGCUUUUUCACAGUAGUAUAUUGUGCUCCCUGUGCCAAGGAGAGGUGACUUUAGGUUAGCCUCAGAUUAGAGUCAAGCAUACCUCGGAGCAGGGAGUGGAAUUUCAUCCACCAAAAUUUAGCACGAAUCUAUCUGGGGAAUAACUGCAGCCUACCUCUAGUCUGACACGGGGACAGGAGGCAACUUAUCCCUAGGCGAAUGCUGCAAAAAUUACUAACGUGUUUCAGAACCUGUAAGACUAUGUCAUAUGCCUGCAGUUUCACUUCCACUGAAGUCAGUGGAGCUCCUUCCAAAGAAUGCAACGAGAGUGAGUCAUCCUUUGGUUUUCAGGAGGAGUUUCUUUUAUUGUCUGUUUUAAUAUGGGGAAUUCACUUUAUAAAUAUUUGAAAAAGAGAGCUUCCAAUUUUGGCACUAAUGGAAAUACUGGAUACUUUUAAUAUAUAUUUAGAAGGUUAUUUGAAAAGCAAAAUGUUCUGUCUUUUUAUAUAAUUUUUAGCCAGAUGCAUAUACUCUGAUUACUACUUCUGUGGAUUCCUAUCAGACUGUAAGUGCAAAAAAACAAAAAAAACUAGUUCAGGUUUCAAAACCCAGGGGGUAGCGGACAGGGGAACUGACUGUUUUGAAGUGCUUUGCUAGUUUUUGGUAUAUUGUGUGUUUGUAUAUAAAUAUAUCUAUAUACAUUACAAAGAUAUAUAAAAAUAGGUCUGUAAGGUUCAAUGUUUUGUGUUUUAUCGCUGUACUCUAAGGAAAUAAAAUGUGUUUUGUAUUACUUUAUGAAUUAAUUGCAAAAGGCUUUAUGCAUUGAUCAAAAUGUUUUCUAGCUAUUUUACACCAGAAGUUGAUAAAUAACUCUAAUCCUAUGUAAAUUCACAACAUUGAGUUUAGAAGCGGAAUUUGAGAUUUUUAAGCUGGCUCUGAUGGAUGGCACCAGAUAAAAUGCACUUUCUUUGUGGCACGUAAUGUAUUUUGCUCUCAAUGGGCUUUAAAACAAAAGACCACAACAUGUUUACAUCUUUUCUUGUGCCCUCCUCUUCCCCCCCCCUCCUUUAUAAUUGCAAAAAAAUAAAACAUUUCCUCUUUGAGGGGGGGGAGCAAACAAAUAUCUGAGUUACUGAAGUAACAUUGUUCAAGAACGGAUUGUUUGGAAUAGAUUAGUAUGUUGGUUUUAAAAAACAAAUCAUUUUAGUGAUAGUCUUCAGUAUGUGAGCUCUGCUUUGUGAUGUUUGGUUGUGACAAAUAUGCUGUUGCUUAUCUAGUCUAAAUAUCAUUGUUUUCUUGUAUUUUACUGUUAAUGGCUAUUCCAUUAGUUGCACUUGCUUGAACUGAGUCAGAAGACUCAGAAGAAGUCUUGCGGAACUAUUGAGACUGUUAUGAUGUCCAGAAACAUUACUUAAAUGCACUUAUAAUUGAUUUACUACCAUGCAGUAUGUUGAACUGUUUCAUGUAAUAAAGGCAUUUGUUGUAUAAA